AUGUGGCCCUACCGACCUCCCCGCCAUUCCCAGCUCAGGCAGCCCUACCCACCUCCCUGCCUUUCACUGCCCCAGUGGCCCAACACACCUCCCCACCGUCCCCUGCCUCGGUGGCCCAACUCGCCUCCCCACCGUCACCUGCCCCGGUUGCCCAACCCGCCUUCCCUUGCAGCCCAACUAGCCUUCCAGGCGUCCCAUGCCACACCGGCCCUACCCACCUCCCCGCCGUCCCCAGCCCCGGCAGCCCAAGACAGCUCCCCACUGUCCCCUGCCUUGGCGGCCCAACCUGCCUCCCCACCGUCCCCAGCCCCGGCAGCCCAAGACAGCUCCCCACUGUCCCCUGCCUUGGCGGCCCAACCUGCCUCCCCACCGUCCCCAGCCCCAGCAGCCCAAGACAGCUCCCCACUGUCCCCUGCCUUGGCGGCCCAACCUGCCUCCCCACCGUCCCCAGCCCCGGCAGCCCAAGACAGCUCCCCACUGUCCCCUGCCUUGGCGGCCCAACCUGCCUCCCCACCGUCCCCUGCCACGGCGGUCCAACCAGCUCCCCACUGUCCCCUGCCCUGGUGGCCCCCCCAACCCGCCUCCCCCCCCGCCCCGCCCUCCCCAGCCCCAGGGUGGCCCAGCGCCGCCCUCCCAUUCCGUCCCCAGCCCUGGCGGCCUAACCCCCCUCCCUCCCGCCCCUGGCAGCCCAACCCGCCUCCCCGCCCUCCCCUGCCCCAGUGGUCCAACCAGCCUCCCCCUUGUCCCCUGCCCCGGCAGCCCACCCGCCUCCCCGCCAUCCCCUGCCCUGGCGGCUCAACUCGCCUCCCCGCCCUCCCCAUGCCCUGGCCGCCCAACUCGCCUCCCCGCCUUCCCCUGCCUUGGCCCAACCCGCCUCCCUGCCAUCCCCUGACACGGCCGCCCAACCCACCUCCCCUGCCCCAGCCACCCAACCCACCCACCUCCCCUGCCCCAGCCGCCCAACCCGCUCCCCGCCCUCCCCUGCCCAAGCGGCCCACCAGCGGCCCAACCUGCCUCUCCACCACCGUCCCCAAGCCCCUGGCCAUAACCCACCCUCCCGGACCCCGCCGGGAAGGGGGGGUUUUUUGGCCCCAACCCGCCUCCCUGCCCUCCCAAUUCCCCCUGCCCCAGCAGUCCCAAACCAAGCCUCCUCAUAUUGUUCCCCACUGA